AAGAAGAUCACAUAAAGUUGGUGAAUAUUGGCAAUGUCGACAUAGUCAAUGGCAAUGUCAAGUUGAUUUUGGGCCUCAUCUGGUCUCUCAUUGUCCGAUAUCAAAUUGGUCGAAGUAAAUUCCCACCACGUAAAUUAAUGUUGGCAUGGUUACAGGCGGCAUUGCCCGAUUGUAAGAUAACCAAUUUGACAACAGAUUGGAAUAGUGGUGUAAAUUUGGCAGCCCUAUUGGAUUAUUGUAAACCGGGGCUAUUUCCACAUUGGCGUUCGCUGGAUCCCAGCCAGAGUAUUCGUAAUUGUACAAAUGCCAUGAAUUUGGCACAAAGUGAAUUUGGUGUACCAAAAGUAUUGGAACCGGAAUAUUUGGCAUCGCCGUGGUUGGAUGAGUUGUCCGGUAUGACAUAUUUAUCGUAUUUUAUGAAGCCGGGUGGUCCUGGCUACAAUGCCACCAUGAGAUGGGUUAAUACACAAGUCCGGGAGCCAGUGCAGAAUUUUACGACCGACUGGAAUGAUGGUCGUGUUUUGUGUGAAAUCAUCAAGGGUUUGGGUGGCCCAGCCCCGGCCCCCGAAAAGCUAAGCACUGAUCCCUUUCACUAUGAAAAUAACAUACGUAAAGCCUUGGAGGCUGGCUCCAAGCUGGGGGUCCAGCCAGUAUUGACGGCCAAGGAUAUGUCCAAUCCUGAAGUGGAACAUUUGGGUAUAAUGGCCUAUGCAGCCCAUCUACAAUGGGUACCGCCCCGACCACCCCUAUCCGAUAUGGUUAAUGUGUUUUUGGAAAGCACUUCGGGCAGGGUUGGAGAACCGACCCACUUCCGCAUAGAUGUGUUAUCGCGUGACAUCAGCUUAAGCAAUGUCAAGGCGUUUGUGGUCCCACCCUCUGGCCACCCGCAGCCCGUGAAACUCAAUAACCACGGUGAGGGUGUCUACAUACCCGAUAAAUAUGGCAUGCAUGAAAUUGUGGUGGAAAUCGAUGGUGAUAGCCUUGGUGGCCAUUUCUUUAGAGUCCUACCCCGAUUCAUACAGGUUGCACCACCCGGUAUGGCUCCAUGCGCUCUCGGCAGUCUGGUGGAGGUUUUGGUCAAUGCUACUGGUGCCCCAAAAACUGAAGAUAUUCUCGUUACUGCCGUUUCGCCAACUGGCAUUUCCCACAAUUGUCCUCUGAAAAAAGUCGAAGAGGGUCACAGUGCCAUAUUUAAACCCGACGAAGCGGGUAUAUGGGAAAUAGCCAUUACGUAUCAGGGUCGUCACAUUCAGGGUGGUCCUUUCACCUGUGCUGUAUUCGAUGCUUCGGGCGUGUCCGUGCAUGGUCUUGAUGGUGCCAUGCCUUUGAGAGCUCAUUCCUUUGAGGUGGAUGCCCGUGGUGUGGGAGUCAACGGGGAACUUCACGUCGAUAUUGUUCACGAUAAACGUUCCCUAGUGUGUUCGGUGGAAAAAAUUGUUGACAAUAAAUAUCGUGUGACCUUCAUACCCCGACAAAAUGGCAAAUAUCGUGUCUAUGUAUAUUUCAAUGGUUAUGAUGUCAAGGGGUCACCCUUCAUUAUGCGUGUAGGUACCAAAGGACGUUCGGGUAAGACCCGCAGUAGUCCUCUGCAUGAUACCAAACACCGUUCGGAAAGUCCAUCAAUGCAUUACACCUCAACCACAUCGACACGACACAAUGACUAUCGUAAUGCAGCCACCUCAUCGCUGUCACGGCGUGAUCUGAUGAAUCAUCACUCGAAUACGAGCACCACCAACAUUGGCACCAGCGAACGGCAACGUUCCUUCUCGCCACAGUAUUCACCCAAACAGGAUACCACAGACUAUCGCACCAGUUCCAGUUACUAUAAGCGUGAGAGUGAGAUCCGUUCCAGUGAGGUACGUACCCAUAGUCCACUGACCGUAAAAACGUCAUUGCCUUAUGAAACCACAACGCGCAAUUUGAGUGUUAGUCCUCGGCAUAUGUCAGCAUCGCCGGUGCAACGUUAUUCGCCGAACAAUUCGUACAUUACAACAGCUACACACCGCAUGAGUCCGAGCACAACAUUGAACAAGAAUGGCUACGAAUCCCGCACUGUCGAAAAAACGUCAACCUAUAAAUCGAGUUCGAAUUAUGUUACCGAUUCUAAUAUACGUGCAAGUCCUUCUCUCUAUGGUACCGCUGAACGUUUGAGACGUACCGAAUCGCCCGAACCACGUAUUGAUCAUUCAUCAAAUGUUCGGGUAUCGUCGAUGAAACCAGCCUCGGCUCGUCGUGACAGUUGGGAUGUUAUAAAUAAAACAAAACAUUUAUUGUCCCAUAAUUCGCUGGAGUCAUUGGCCAAUAUGACCGAACAACAGCUAAACACAGAUUUAAGUUAUAAUCGUCCCGAUAUUGAUAAUGAGACACAUCGUAAUACCCAAUAUAAUAAGUUUGCCUUGAAUGAGCAGAGAUUUCAAAGGGAGAGGCGUGGCUCCAGGGAUUCCAUAGAUGAAACUGAUCGUUAUAAACCCAGUGCCAUCACUGUCAAGUCACAAUCGAACAACACAUACACCGAUAAAUCCGGUGGCUAUACACGCACCGUUAAAGAAUCAAGCCAACAAAUUGUUACCGAAAGUUCUUCGACCUUGAAUGGUGGUACUACCGGACGUGAUUAUGGCUAUAGUUCUUUGUCUCGAUUUCGCCCCAUAGAAAGUACUAUUACUGCAGCUACCGCAGGAACUACUGCAACAACUGGCAUUACAGGCGCUAAAGCUAUACGUGUUCAAGAUAUACCCAAUGGAGCAAUUGGUCGUCCGGUAGAAUUUGAAAUUGAUGGCUCAAAAGCUGGUUCGGGAAAUCUGGAGAUUUUAGUUAACGGAGGCCGUGUUACAUCUUCGGUUCGUUCAUUGGGCGGUCAACGUUUCAUUGCUAGUUUUACACCGCAUGAACCCGGCACUCACACCGUGCAAAUAACAUUCAACGGCGAAACUAUACCAGGUUCACCGUGGCACGUUGAAAUCAUGUCUACACCCGGUCUAACAGCAUUGGGCGAAUCGACUCGUCUUGUACCAGCCAAUACACCGGCGGUUUUUGAUAUACUGCCGCCUCCUGGACAAAGCCUUGCGAAAGGCGAGUGCGUGGCAACAGUUUUGGGUCCUAACAAAUCCAAACUGAAUGCCAGAGUCACCCAUGAGGCGGCAAAUGGUGCUGCACGCAUCGAAUUUGUACCCACGGAAGUUGGCACUCAUGUCAUUGAGGCCUCCAUAAAUGGUACAAAAAUAUCUGGCGGACCAUUGAUUGCAAAAGUCUAUGACUCGAGCUUAAUACAGGUGACAGAUGUUAAUGGUGGUGUUGUGGGCCAGCCGUGUCAAUUUCGUGUUGAUGCCAGCGCUGCUGGUGAGGGACAAUUGGAAAUAUCCAUAAAUGAGGGUGAGGUUCCCAAUCAUGUUCAAGUGGUGGGUGGUGGCCGUUGUUUGGUCUCCUUUACACCGGAACAGGCUAAACCCCAUUUGAUUGACAUAAAAUUCAAUGGUGAGACCGUUCGAGGUUGUCCCUUUGUUUGUCAAGUGGCCGAUACAUCGCGUGUCAUGUUGAAUUUAUCGAAUUUGGAGUUGAUACCGGUCAAUAGACCCGCCUCAUUUCACAUCACUGUAAGUGGUGGUGGUGCUGCCGAAUUGGCUGUCAGUGUACGUGGACCACAUGGAGAGUUGCCAGUUCGCGUAACCGGUGAUAUACAUGCCGGAUUUACAGCUGAAUUUACACCCACCAAUGUGGGUGGCCAUUCCAUAAAUGUUGAAUACAAUGGUUUCCCCGUACAGGGUACACCCUUCUUGGCUAAAUCGUAUGAUGCCACCAAGGUGGUGGUGGGUAGUGUUUCGCGCGGUACAGUCGGUCGCCCAGUGCAGUUUACCGUCGAUGCUGGUGAUGCCGGUGAGGGUAACUUGGAGAUUACCAUUUCGGCCAAGGGCCAGAAUAUUCCAACACAAGUACAUCCUCAAGGCAGUGCAAGAUUCUCCGUUUCUUUCGUACCCACCGAGGCAUGUGAGCACACCAUCAAUGUUUCAUUUAAUAAAAUGCCCGUUCCCGGUUGUCCCAUCACAGUGAGCAUAAGCGGCGGCAUGUCCGGACCCCAGGUAUCACUGGGUGGUCCCGGACCUGUACACCAAUCGAAUUCUUUUGUCAUCAAUCACAACGGCGGUCGUUUAGAGGAUAUUGAAGUUAAUGUCGAAGGACGACGAAGAUUAUUGUACUAGACCCAUACAUAUAAAUAUAUAUAUAAAUACACAUAUAACAAGAACAAAAACAGAA